AUGAUCCACUGGGACUACGAAAUCGCCUCUGGUCAUUCGGCGCUCAUGAUCGCCAAGAGACUGGUGAACAACGACAGGCCUGAAGACAAGGCCCUCGCUGCCGAUCUCGCCCGUCAGGAGGGCCUGCUCGCCACGGUCGCACGGUUCGUCGACCACGCCCCCAGAUUCGCGUUGCUUCCGGACUUCUUCCUCUCCCUCCUCUCCCUGGAAGCCUUCCCUCCGGGCCGUCUCCCCUCGCCAGUCGUGUCCACUCUCGCCAGGCUUGCGUCGGGAAACCAGGCCCCGGACGUCCGCUCCCAGGCUGCGGAUCUGCUCCGUCGCUUCAUUGCGAGCGGGUUGGUUUCCCCCGGGGACCUCGUGCCAGAGAGCGUGGUACACGGGUUCGUCCACUUUGAGGCCGGAGUGCAGCUCCCGUGCGACCAGUGCGGGGCGCUGAAGAUGCCGGGGGAGCUGAAGCGUUGCUCGCGCUGCAAGAGCGCACGGUACUGCAGCGCAGAUUGUCAGCGGGCUGAUUGGAAGGAGCACAAGAAGACCUGUGUCGCAUGA